UUCUGAACCCUCUGCAGAGCAGUACAGUGUCACAUGCACAGUAGCGGAGCUGACAAGAAGGCUGGGUUUGGCGAAGAGCUAUUUCGGACAUUCUUAAUUUCUUGGGGUCUAGUGUCUGAGACUCGUGGUUAUAAUGUAAAUCAUCAUCUAAAUGGAGAGUUGCAGGAACAUGACAACCGAACGUCAGCAAAGUUACUUCGAGCGGCUCCAGUAUCCGCGCUCCAUAGCGCUCGGCUUCGCGAAGGACCAGGCCGGCGCCCCUUUCCGGGAUGCUUUUGGGGUGCCCUUCCACUUCGAGCCCGCUUACCUGGAUCCCGGCUACUGUCACGGCUACACCGGGCGCUUUUCCUACUUGCAGUUCCCGGGACAUUUGGGCAUGUAUGAUUGUUCAUUCGAACCCGCGUUCAUCCGCAAACGAAACGAAAGGGAGAGACAGCGAGUUCGGUGCGUCAACGAAGGUUACGCUCGACUCCGGGAGCACCUCCCGCAGGAGUUUGAGGAUAAGAGACUGAGCAAAGUGGAGACGCUUCGUGCGGCGAUAAAUUACAUAAAACAUUUACAGAGCAUCUUGAACCUUCACGUGUCUGACGCGGAGGAUGGACUGCGGUCGCCGGAAAACGUGCGAAGUCCCCCCAGGGUGCUGCACCAAGCAGAAUGUAACAGCGACGGGGAGUCCAGAAACAGCCUGAGCGACUGUGGGGAAACAAACUGUUGAAGUGAAUCGAAUUAUUAAACACAUAAAAUAAAAGCUGUUUACAAUAGCAAUGGCGCAGCAGGCUAUUUACACCUCAAGGGGUAACGGCUAUGAUUUUUGUGUCAACAUUUAGUGUCAGAUGAGGCAUCCCGUUUAUUUGUAACUCAUAAUGUAAGACGGCAUUGAUUCAGUGACAUCUAUAAAUAUGAUGGUAACUCAGGGUGCAUAUUUCCUAAUGUCGGACAGUGACAGUGACAGUGUAAAAUAAUGAAAAAUAUGAGUUUGUCUAAUCGAGUUUGUUAAGUCUAUGAGGUUUUGUACAUUUCUUUACUAUAUCGACUAUAUGGGAAAUCCUAAUCUCCGCUCUUGAUUAUUUUCGUACGAUAUUUCCAAACUGCUGUGAUUUCAGUUCAUACUGGAUAUCAGGGGCACCAUAAAAGUGCGGAGGUGGGGGGGGGGGGGGGAUUUGGACCAUUAAUAGAUUGAUCUGGGUUGGAGGCCCAAUAUGAUAGGCUUUCAUUGGGUACCCCUAAUCAGAGUAUCAGACGCUGUAUGAUUUGAUUGUAUUGCAGGUUGUUACGUUGGACUAAACAUCUGGAUUUACAUUGUCCUUGUUCAGGUUUUAAAUAAUCCAAGGUUUCAUGCAUAAAUAAAGAAUGAUAGAUAGAUAGAAGGCUCCAAGAAGAAGUUAAAGUACAUGCAUUACUGUAUAUAUAUGGGCUACUGUAUGUACUAUAGACGGGAAUACAAAAAUGUUUUGGCGUAUAGGCUAGCUAAUAAAAAUAGAUUGUCAGUUAAUAAAUUCCCGUUUUUAUGUAGGCUAUACGAUAUAUACACAGGUGUUGAUUCAAACUUUCGGUUACCCUUGUAGUUUAGGGGCGUUUUAUCCCGUCUUGUUUUCAUUGAGGUGGUUACACUGUUAAACAGCCACAAACACAAAAGUAUCACUGGGAUGUUUUUGUUUUGCCCUGGUGUUGAAAACAAAUAAAAGCAU